AUGACUACUCCUCCGAAAGAGAGCCGCAAGGUGCUCGAAGGCAUCUUCGCCAUCAACAAACCGCAAUGGGCCUCCUCUGCCGGCGUCUUGCGCGACCUCCAAGACCAUUUCUCCCGUUCGCCUAUCUUCGCACCCUGGCUCGAAGCUCAGAAACGCUCCCUCAUCAUCGCGGACGCUAAGCCGAAGCACCUCAAGAAUAUCAAGGCUAAACUCGGCCAUGGUGGCACACUCGAUCCAAUGGCCACUGGUGUGCUGAUUGUGGGCAUGGGCAAGGGCACGAAAUGCCUGCAACGCUUCCUUGAGUGCACAAAGACGUACGAGUGUGUGGUACUGUUUGGUGCAGCAACAGACAGCUACGAUGCUGUGGGCAAGGUUGUGAGCAAGGCAGACUACAAGCAUGUUACUAAGGAAUUGGUCGAAGAGAAGCUGGCGCAGUUCCGCGGCAAGAUCAUGCAAAAACCGAGUGUUUUCUCUGCGCUAAAGGUCGAUGGCAAAAAGAUGUACGAGUACGCGAGAGAGGGCAAGGACAUACCAGAGGUGGCUGCAAGGCCGGUGGAAGUUGAAGAGCUUGAGCUGGUCGAAUGGUUGGAGCCAGGAAGUCAUGACUUUGCCUGGCCAAAGGAGGAGGUGGAUGGCGCUGAAAUGGAAGGAGCAAAGAAGCUGAUGGGCAUUCGGAAAGAAGAUGCAAAAGUCUACUCCGACACAGCAACAAGACGAGGGCGAAAGCGAUCACGGUCACCAGAGAACGACCAUGUCGAGGGCGCAGGGCAGCAGCCGAAGAUACUUAAGAAGGACUCUGAGCAUGCCAUGUCUGGCGCUCUACCAACAGAAGAGGCGUCUCCUGAUGCAGCUUCUGCUGAGAACAACGCUAUGGAAGUCAGUGCUGAAGCACCAGUAUCAAUAGAAGAGAAGGCCACGGCGUCUGUAGAGCAAGCAGAAGCAGCAGAAGACCCAUCAACAACCCAGAAAUCCGACAUCGAAGCUACCAAAACUACCACAUCAGCAGCCAUAUCCACUUCAACCGCGCAACCCCCAGCAGCCCGGCUCCGUAUGACAGUGACGUCAGGUUUCUACGUGCGCUCUCUUUGCCACGAUCUUGGUCUAGCUUGUAACUCUCUCGGCCUGAUGUCCUCUCUUAUCCGCUCUCGUCAGGGUGACUACACGCUCGGCCAGAACGUCCUGGAAUACAGUGACCUGGAAGACCCAUCGAAGUGGGAGCCUCAGCUCCAGGAGCAACUUGAAAAGUUCAUGGAGAAAGAGAACUGGGAAGUCGAGGAACUAGAUGACGAUGAGAGUUGGGAGGCGAGAAAGAAGGAGUUGAUGGAGAAUAGGAAGGAUGGUGAUCGGGAGAAGAGCUACAGGGGUGGUGGAAGAAAGUGGAACUCAAAGGGCAAGGGGAAGUAUGGGCGGAACGGGUACUCGAAGAACAUGGACGGUGGACGAAAAUGA